GUUCAAAGAAAACCCAAUAAACAAUAGUUCUAAUCAACUGGAGUAAGAGAUUAAGAAGCUUCACAGAAAUUUCCUACUACUAUUUAUAUUCAAUAAAAAAUUGUACCACAUAUAAUACUAUAUAUAUGUAUAGUAUUAUAUAUAUGAGUUGACUAGAUCCAAUAACAAUAAUUUUAUUCAACUGGAGUACAGCCCAUAGCUUUAGAAUCUUUCAUAUAUGAAGUGUAAUUGCUUAUGCUUCUCUCCUGUAUAUAAUUUUUUCCUGAAAUAUCAUCAGCUGAUCUCUUACCACGACCACACUUUAUCCAGAGUUCUUUUUGUUUUCAUAUCAACCAAUUAACUGAAUCCAUGGCAUCUUCUUCUUCUUUCGCGAGUAAUUCACAGCACUGUCCUCGAUGGAAGUACGAUGUUUUCCUAAGUUUUAGAGGUGAAGAUACUCGCAAAACGUUUACAGGGCACUUAUAUGAAGGCUUGAGAAAUGGGGGAAUAUUUACCUUUCAAGACGACAAAAGGCUAGAGCAUGGCGCAUCCAUCUCAGAAGAACUUUGUAAAGCUAUCGAAGAGUCUCAAGUUGCCGUCAUCAUUUUCUCAAAGAAUUAUGCUACAUCGAGGUGGUGCUUGGAUGAACUAGUGAAGAUUAUGGAAUGCAAGACUCAAUUUGGACAAACUGUCAUACCGGUCUUCUAUGAUGUGGAUCCAUCACAUGUUCGGAACCAAAGGGAGAGUUUUGCAGAAGCAUUUUCCAAACAUGAAUCAAAGUUUAAGGAUGAUGUUGAGGGAAUGCAGAAGGUACAAAGAUGGAGGAGUGCUUUAACUGAAGCGGCAAAUCUCAAAGGUUGUGAUAUUCGUGCCAGGAUUGAAUCAGAUUGUGUUCAGCAAAUCGUUAACCAAAUUUCCAAGUUAUGCAAGUUUUCUUUGUCUUACUUGCAAGAUAUUGUGGGAAUAAAUCCACAUUUAGAGGAAGUAAAAUCCCUACUACAGAUAGAAAUCAAUGAUGUUCGGAUUGUGGGGAUCUGGGGCAUGGGAGGAGUUGGUAAAACGACAAUAGCAAGGGCUAUUUUUGAUACUCUCUCAUAUCAAUUUGAAGGUACUUGUUUCCUUGCGAAUGUUAAAGAAAACAAAUGUGGAAUGCAUUCUUUGCAAAAUAUCCUUCUCUCAGAACUGUCAAGGGAAAACGCUAAUUACGUGAAUAAUAAGGAGGACGGAAAGCAGCUGAUGGCUCGUAGACUUCGUUCUAAGAAGGUUUUAGUUGUGCUUGAUGACAUAGAUCACAGAGACCAUUUGGAGUACCUAGCAGGGGAUCUUGGUUGGUUCGGCAAUGGCAGUAGAAUUAUUGCAACAACAAGAGACAAGCAUUUGAUUGGGAAGAAGGACGCAUUAUAUGAAAUGACUACACUAGCUGACCAUGAAGCUAUUCAAUUGUUCAAUCGAUACGCUUUUAAGGAAGAUGUUCCAGAUGAGUUCUUUGAGAAGCUAACGCUGGAGGUAGUAAGUCAUGCUAAAGGCCUUCCUUUAGCGCUGAAAGUGUGGGGUUCUCUCUUUCAUAAGAGAAAUAUAACUGAGUGGAGAAGUGCUAUACUGCAAAUGAAAAAACACUCUAAUUCAGAAAUUGUUGACAAGCUCAAAAUUAGUUAUGAUGGAUUAGAGCCCGUGGAACAGGCGAUAUUUUUAGAUAUAGCAUGCUUCUUACGAGGGAGAGAAAAGAAUGAGAUCAUACAGAUUCUUGAGAGCUGUGAAUUUGGAGCUGAUAUCGGAUUGCGUGUCCUAAUUGACAAAUCUCUUGUGUUCAUCUCCGAAAAAGAUACGAUUGAAAUGCAUGACUUAAUACAAGAUAUGGGUAAACAUGUAGUGAACAUACAAAAGGAUCCGGGAGAACGUAGCAGACUAUGGCUCGCUGAAGAUUUCGAAGAAGUGAUGAUCAACAAUACGGGGACAAAGGCAAUGGAAGCAAUUUGGUUUCUUUAUUUAAAAGGACUAUCUUUUACCAGAGAGGGCAUGAAAAAUAUGAAAAGGCUUAGGAUAUUAUAUAUACGUGAUGGGUCACAGAAUAUCUGGGCUGACUCCAUUUGCCAUAAUGGCUCCAUGGAGUAUUUGCCCAACAACUUGCGUUGGUUUGUCUGGUUUUGCUAUCCUUGGGAGUCAUUGCCAUCUACAUUUGAACCCAAAAAGCUCGUUCAUCUUGAACUCCAGUCCAGUUCACUGCGUUAUUUAUGGACGGAAAUAACGCAUUUGCCGUCUCUAAGAAAGCUAAGUCUCAGUUGCUGUGUAAGCCUAAUGCAAACACCAGAUUUCACGGGAAUGCCAAAUUUGGAGUAUUUGGAUUUGAGUCUUUGCAGUAAUUUUGAAGAGCUUCACUACUCCCUGGGAUGUUGCAGAAAACUUGUCGAGUUAAAUUUGAUUUGGUGUGAUGGCCUUAAGAGGUUUCCAUGUGUUAACGUGGAAUCUCUUGAACAUCUGGAACUGCAUGGUUGCUCCAGUUUACAGAAAUUUCCAGAAAUGAAAAACCUAUCAUCUAUUCAGUACCAAACUCAUAUUACCAAUCUAGACUUGAGCUUCUUAACAGACCUUGCAACUCUUCCAAGCAGCAUCUGUAGGUUGAAAAAUUUGGUUAGUCUAGAUGUGUCAUUUUGUUACAGACUUGAAAGCUUGCCCGAAGAGAUAGGAGAUUUAGAAAACUUGGAGAAUCUUGAUGCUAGCAGUACCCUAAUAUCACGGCCUCCCACUUCCAUCGUCCGUUUGAACAAACUUAACUCCUUGGCUUUUGCAAAAGGAAAAUCAGAUAAUGGUCAAGUUGCAGUUUACUUUGUGUUCCCUCCCGUGGCUGAAGGGUUACGGUCAUUGGAAUUUUUGAAUCUCAAUUACUGCAAUCUAAUAGAUGGAGGACUUCCAGAAGACAUUGGCUGCUUAUAUUCUUUGAAAGAGUUGUAUCUCAGGGGAAACUAUUUUGAGCAUUUGCCUCAAAGCAUGGCUCAACUCGGUGCUCUUCGAUCCUUGGACUUAUCAUAUUGUUAUAGGCUUAAAGAGUUGCCAGAUUUCAUGGGAAUGCCAAAUUUGGAAACUUUGAAUCCAUUAUAUUGUAUGAAUCUUGAAGAGGUUCCUCAUUCCAUAGGAGUUUUUGAAAAGCUCGCUGAAUUGACUUUGACUGAUUGUGAACGCCUUAAGAGGGUUCCAACUCUGUGGAUCGAUUCCCUUAAAUGUCUGCAGCUAAAAAAAUGCUCUAGUUUAGAAUAUUUUCCUGAUAUCCGCGGAAGCAUGAAAUUGGAGUUAGAGAUUCACAUGCUAGGCAGCGUGAUAAGGGAUCUUAAUUCGUUCUAUAAUUCGUUUCAACUUACCUUGUAUCAGAAUGACAUCUCUAUUUCAGAUUCCUUGUCACAAAGAGUGUUUACCAUUUUGCAUAAAGGGAAGAGGAUUCCAAGUUGGUUCCGCAUUAAGGGAAUGGAUAGUAGUGUAUCAGUCAAUUUGCUUGAAAAUUGGUAUGUACGCGAUAACUUCUUGGGAUUUGCUGUAUGUUACUCUGGCUGCUUAAUUGACACCACAGCUCACUUGAUUCCCUUUUGUAAUGAUGGGAUGUUGGCGAUGACCUUGGAACUAGGUUUUUUCUACCAUUUAGAAUGUGAUGAGGAAUCUACUAUUCAUCCUUUUAAAAAAAAAUGGGAUGGAGAAUCUACUAUUCAUUUUUUCUUGGUACCUUUUGCUAGUUUAUGGGAUGCAUCUAAGGCAAAUGGCAAAACACCAAAUGACUAUGGGAUUAUUAGGCUAUGGUUUUCUGGAGCAAUGAAGGAGUUUGGAUUUCGUUUGUUGUAUAAAGAUGAACUUGAGAUCGAGGCCUUGUUACAAAUGAGGGAAAAUAAUGAUGAGUCAGCAGAACGUUGCACUGGGAUAAGGAGGAGCAGAUAUGACAAUGAAGCCAGUUGCUCCUCUGGUAAGAAACAAAGGUCACAUUCUAAUAUUCAGGGCAGCUCUGUCUUUGAGAAUUUGCAGCAACAAGUAGAGCCGCCAGUCUCUUCAGAAAUUUUGAGGCUCAAUCGUUCAUUCCCAGAAAUUUUUCCUAGUUGGCGGUGAAAUUGUGUUCUCGCUUUUUAUGAGCUCAUCAAUGGGUGAUGUACAUAUCAACAAUGAGUUUUUUCAAUUGAUUCUCCAUCUUGUCUCCGCUUGUUUUGACCCAUGAUUAACCAUGGUGAGUUAAAGGAUUCCAACAAGUAUAAUUUUCCAUGAUUAACCAUUCUCAUUGUCAGCUUUUUCAUUUGAUUUCUCUGCACCAUGCUACAUGUUUGAUCUAAUUAAGGUUGCGCUAUAUAUCUUCAAGGUCAUGAAAUUAAUACUAACAUAUGGUUUAUGCUGCAUUUUCAAUUUUGCGACAUAUGGUCUUUCAAGAUCUAAUUAAGGUUGCGCUAUAUAUCUUACCAUAUCAAACAAUAUUAUUGAAAAUGUUGGUUUAUG